GCAAGCAAGCAGCAACUAGCUAGCUCCAAGCCUCCAUCCGAUCCAAGAAAAGCAACUCUCUUUUGCUACAAAACCAAGGGGAAAAAACACCCAUCAAUGGCGGCGGGAGCGAGAGCGGUGGCCGCCAUGUCCAGCAGCAGCAGCGUCCUCCUGGCCGCGGCGGUGGCACUGGCGCUGCUGGUGGCGUCGGCGUCCGCGCAGUCCGGGUGCACGUCUGUGCUGAUCGGCCUGUACCCGUGCAUGAACUACAUCAGCGGCAGCGGCACGGCCCCGACCAAGUCCUGCUGCUCGCAGCUCGCCUCCGUCGUGCAGUCCCAGCCGCAGUGCCUCUGCAGCGCUCUCGGCGGUGACUCGUCGUCGCUCGGUGGCAUCACCAUCAACAAGACCCGCGCGCUCGAGUUGCCCAACGCCUGCAACGUGCAGACCCCGCCGGCGAGCAAGUGCAACGGCUCUGGUGGUGGCAGUGCUCCGGGUGCCAGUGUCAGCACGCCAGCCGUCCCGGCCGUGCAGACACCGGCCGGCUUGGGAUCGAAGACGACGCCGUCCGCGUACCUGCAGGGGAGCAGCAGCUCGUCGCUCCAUGGCUCGGCGAGUCUGGUGUUUGCGCUCGCGGUCGCUGCCGUCUACGCCGUGUCGGUCGUUUGAGCGUCUCGGCUACUGGACUGGAACGCUUGCUGGCCGAUGAUUCAGAAAUAUGUUUGUUGUGUGGGAGUAUUAUUUGAGUUUCCUAUUGGUUUAGCAUUGGGCACUGGGGAGUACUGAGGAAGUGAGGAAGAAUAUUCCACAUAUGUAAUUAUUGGUUGUUUUGCUGCAGACACAAUAAGAAGAGUCAAUUUCACUUUUUA